AACACAGGGGUGGGGGGGAUCAAUUAUCUACACUAGAGAGUAAUGCCACUCGUUUGGUUUUGUGUCAAGUCAAACAUGACAGAGGGGAUUUACAUAAGUUUUACAGACCUGGUACAACACAGGAAUGUCUCGUUAUUGCAUGUGCAGAUCAACUUGAUAACGGAUUAAGAAAUCAGCUUUAUUGGAAGUCUGCUUUAUUGGAAGUCUGCUUUAGGUAACGGCGCUGUUCAAGUGGUUAGACAGACAUGAGGCAGACAUUAAAGCAGAUUUUUUUGUCUUGUGAAUUAGGUCAGCCAGGUGAUUCAAAGGAGGGUUGACGGUCGUUGGGAGAAAUGACAGAGGACCAAACUGGCCAUGACGUCAUCAGCUGGGGUGGUGGGGAAUUCGGUCAACACGGCCACCAGGUACAGACUGACGUCAGCUUCCAUGAUGGGUGUCUACCAUUACCUGGGCAAGUCAAGAUGGUUGCAUGUGGCUCAGGUCAUACUGUAGCAGUCACAGUCGACGACGAGAUUUUUGUGUGGGGUAGUGGGGCUAGCGCACAACUGGGUACCGGAUUAUCAACCGACCAGCCGGCACCCACAAGGAUAAGCCUGGGUCAGGAGCUGGAUACCCAGAUCGCCAGUGUGGCGUGUGGUAGUCGCCACACCGUGGUGACCACAUCACGUGGGCAGGUCUUCGCCUUUGGGAACAACUUCCACGCUCAGCUGGGCUACGACUUCAAGAACGAGAGGUACAAGGAAAGUCAGAAAGUUCCAUGCCUGCUGCGCUACCUUCUCCACCGACCCGUGGUCCAAGUAUCGUGUGGAGAUAAACACUCGGUGUUUCUUUUUCAACACGGCGUUGUGGCUACAGUAGGCCAUAACGCCCACGGCCAACUGGGAGACUACACACGUCACCAGUGUGCUGUUCCUAAAGACGUGGAUCUGCCGUGUCGUGUGACGUCAGUGACGAGUGGCAGGAACCAUAACUUGGUCAUAACUGAGGGCGGGGACGUGUAUGUUUGGGGCUACUCAAAGGGCUGCGGCUACCCCACUCAAGACGUUUUGAGCCCGGAGCUGAAAUUUCAAGGUCACAAGGUCGUUCAGCUUGCAGCCGGAAGUCACCAUAGCAUGGCAUUAACGGCCACGGGUGACGUGUAUGCCUGGGGGUCGGGCCCUGAUGGACAGCUGGGUCUAGGUGUGGAUCACGUGACCGUAGCCAAGCCAAGACGUAUCAAAGACAAUCGCUUACGUCACAGGGUUUCUUUCAUUGGCUGCGGGGAAUCUUAUUCGGCGGCAAUUACAUGCGAGGGACGGCUACAUCUGUGGGGCAGGAACAGCCACGUGAUUUCCACCAGCCUUCCCCCGUCCCACAAGUUCUUCCAGCCAAUGCCCGUGGGUGAGGAGUCCUCCUACAGGCAGGUCAGCUCCGUCUGUUGCGGCUCCUGGCACGCUGUGGCCUUGACCGGUCCCCCAGCACGUGCCCCAUGUAACUCAGCAGACGACAGCUCAGACAGCGAGACAUCGGAACCGGAACUGACGUUUGAUACGUCACAGCCUGAUAACAAUCCCAGAGCGGCCCCAGUAGCCUGUGGUCUACAGGAGCGGGGACGAACCCGUCUAACACUGGAAGAGUUCUACUCGUUAGCAGAGGCCGCUGAUGAAGAUGAUUGUAUGACGCACGAAGAAGAUCAACGAGAUGUGACGUCUGCCAUGACGUCAGACAGUUGUAUGGACACUCCCCCCUCUGAUAAUGGGUCACUACCAGAGCCCAACACAAACAUUCCUGACGAAGAACCUAACCCUACCAUCUCGCCCAGAGAGGCUGAGGCUGAAACACCUUUAGUUUCAAAUAGUAAAACUUCAGCAAAUGAAGAAUCAACAAACCAACCAAUCAAACGAGCCGAAUCUGGUCACGUGGCAAACAGAGCAACCAAACAAAAAGAACUGACCAGAACUCAGGCUUUAAGAAACCAACUUUUGAAGACGAGAGUGAACGGGAUCGGAACCCGGGCCAACACCAUGUUCAUCAGCACGUCGACGUCAGAGCGGUUCCUUCUCCCCCGGCAGACGACAACACUAAACAGACCCCACGUGACUCUGGUCGCCUUUGACCAGGUGUCCGUUGGCGUCACAUCCCAAGACUCGAAAGAUUCUGGCACCACCAGUAGUGGUCAUUCAAGUCCGCUGCCCAGUGGUCAGAUCUCUAGCGUCAGACCGGAAGUCGUUGUCUCGUGCUCUCCGGCCUCGACUCACUGGAGUCAUGACGCGCGUCAGAAGAACUUUUCGAGGGAGACAUCCAGCGACAAGUCUAAUCGAGAGGCUGCUACCACAGUAGAAGUAUCAGAGCCAGUGGCACCAAUAGCACGUGAGAGAGGAACAAACCCUGGACCAGGAAGUGCUGAUAGUCUGCAGCGUGUCAGGGUGACCUCUGUCCAUCAGUCCAAGUUACGCCAGGUGUCAGCUAGCAGGUCACGUGGUCUCGAUGCCAUCACCUGUUCAGGCCAACGUUCAGAGUCAGUUCAGGCAGAAGGAAGAAGGCGUGGUCCAUCUCAGCCAGACUUUUCGCUGGGCGACCUUCUGGUGACGUCACAGCCCCGUCUCCAUGGCGACGACAGGGCGCGCAGUUCAACCAGUAGGAGGGUUGUGUACUCGAGCGGCUCGUCCUGGAGGAGCAGGAACAAAACCUGAUGAGACGAUGACAUUUU